AUGAGAUAUAUCUCAAAUAUUAUAAGCGUUAAAAUAAAAUGCCUCAAUUUUCUAACUCCACUUUUUUUUCUUUACUCCAUCUUCCUUUUCUUCUUCUUCAUAUCGAAUCCCACCGAAAAAACCUCGGCCCAGCUCGACGACAAUGCAGCAAUAGACAUAGUCAACAAAACCUGCAAAAAAUGCGCAGAGAAAUCGAAAUCAAUCAACUAUGGUUUCUGUCAGACCUCUCUCCAAGUAAUCCCAGCAAGCCAUGCAACUAACCUACAAGGAAUGGCCGUAAUCGCGAUGGAACUAGCGCUCGAAAACGCCACGACCAUGUUUACGAGAGUGAAAAGCUUGUUGGUUACGGAAGGUUUCGACCCGUUUAGCAUAGGUUGCUUGGAGAAAUGCUUGGUGCUAUAUGGUGAUGCUUUAGUGGUAUUGGUGGACGGUGUUGUUGAUUUCCUGACGGGGCAUUAUGGGAAUGCUAAUCUGAGGAUGAGGACAGUAAUGGAAGAAGCAAUAGAGUGUGAAAAUUGUUUUAAGGAAAAAAAAGGAGUGGUUUCGCCUUUGAGUAUUGAGAAUUUUAAUUUCUUGCAUUUGAGUGAUAUUGCAAUUUGUAUUAUUAAUUCGCUUUCUUUAGUUUCUCCUCAACGUUGAACUCUUAUAAUUACCCUCAUGCAAUGCAAAGCCUUAAUUAA